GCAAGGUGUUUGAGUGUUUACAUAUUUUCUCGAUGGCGUCAAUUUCGCGUGUGAAUUGUUUUUAAAAGUAAACUCUGCCUUUUCCCAGAAAAUUUGUAUAACUACUGUACAAAAAGAAUGAAUUUACAGCUACUUGAAUCUUUCGGUCAAAAUUAUCCGGAAGAAUUUGAUGGUUCACUGGAUUGCAUCUCGCUAGCGGUGACCUGUGCUUUCAACAAAUACGGAACACUAUUGGCAGUAGGCUGUAAUGACGGCCGAAUUGUCGUAUGGGACUUUCUGACCAGAGGAAUCGCCAAAAUCAUAUCAGCUCAUGUACACCCUGUGUGCAGUCUCUGCUGGUCUCGCAAUGGUCACAAAUUGCUAUCGGCAUCGACGGAUAACAAUGUAUGUAUCUGGGACGUGCUGAGUGGAGAUUGUGAGCACAAAUAUCGGUUUCCCUCGCCGAUACUAAAGGUACAGUUUCAUCCGAGGAAUGACAACAAAUUUUUAGUUUGCCCGAUGCGGUACGCUGCAGUUCUGGUGGACAUCGGUGGUAAGCAUCAGUGCUUGCCCCUUGAUAACGAUGGAGAUCUGAAUAUUGUUGCUUCAUUUGACCGACGAGGAGAACACAUUUAUUCUGGCAACGCAAAGGGCAAAAUACUGGUACUCAACUCUUCGACAUUAGAAAUUAUUGCCAGCUUUAAGAUUGCCGUAGGAACUUCGAGUGCGACUGCUGUUAAGAGUAUAGAGUUUGCUAGACGUGGAGAGGCAUUUUUGGUUAAUACAUCGGAUCGAGUCAUUCGAGUCUACGAUUCGAAAGAGGUCGUUACCUGUGGAAAAGAAGGUGAACCCGAACCCAUACAGAAACUACAGGAUUUAGUUAACAAGACAACUUGGAAAAAGUGCUGCUUUUCGGGGGAUGGUGAGUAUAUUUGUGCUGGUAGUGCUCGGCAGCAUGCCCUCUAUGUAUGGGAAAAAUCAAUCGGAAAUUUGGUCAAAAUUUUACAUGGGACAAAGGGGGAACUGCUCCUUGAUGUAGUCUGGCAUCCAGUACGUCCCAUUAUUGCCAGUAUUAGCUCCGGUUUGGUUUCGAUUUGGGCACAAAACCAGGUGGAAAAUUGGUCAGCUUUCGCACCCGAUUUCAAAGAGUUGGACGAAAAUGUUGACUACGAGGAACGAGAGUCGGAAUUUGAUAUAACCGACGAAGAUAAAUCGGUUGAUCUCGCUGCAGAAUCAAAAUACGACGAAGAAGUUGAAGUGGACGUGGUUUCAGCAGAACCGAUUGCAGCUUUUUGUUCUUCGGACGAAGAGAAUGAGGAUGAAAAUGCUCUCCAAUUUUUACCCAUGGCACCAGAGGUAGAAGACCCUGAGGACGGUUGGGGUUCUCAAGACAAUUCGGACUCGUUGCUUACCGGAUUUAAUAAUAAUCCGACCGGGCACGAUCCUCUGUCUAUGAAGGAAAACGAACAGUCUUCUAAAAAGCGAAAAACCAGCUCGUACGACAUUACGCUGGAUAAUGCUCCUAUUGAAGAUGUUCAUCCACUUCUACAAAACAAAGCGAACAAAGACAAAGUGACAGCCGCUAGCAAAAAGGCGGCUGGCCGACCUCGGAAAUAGAAGUUGUUCCCUUCAAAUUACAACCUUCAGUCUGAAAGAAGAAAUUUUUUACGCUUCAUACAAAUUGGCGCCUGAAGUAAAUGCUAACUAGAAUGGUUUUGUUUAUUAUAUUUGUAAAUAAAUACCACGUCUCUAUUUGUAACGGAUUGGAUUGAGAUUUGUAACAAUG